UCAUCGUGUGUGUGGCCCCACCCCUCUGCACGGGCCGCUCCGUCAGAGCCUGAGGUCAGAGAUGAGAGCAGGUCGCGACGAGGAGAACCGAGGAGGACCGAGGUGGGAACUGCUGAAACUGAAGAACCCUGCGAUGUCAGAGUCCGACAGACAAACUGAAGGAGAAGAGUCGGACCGUGUGGACGAGGUCGGGAGGAGGCUGAUCGUCCGGGAGGAGCAGCUCUUCAGUCAGGACUCAACCAGUGAGGACAACAGCCGGCUGCAGAAAGACUUCGAGGAUCUGACCCUGCAGAUAUGGACGACUGUUCAAAACACCUUCACCUCCUCCUCCUCCUCAGGACAGCUGGACCAGCUGAGGAAUGCCGUGGCCUGCAUCCAGCAGCAGGAGGUGCAGGACCGGCGCUGGACAGAUCGUCCCGAGGACCGACUCCCUGUGUGGCGUCCUCUGAAAUGUAUCAGCGCUCACAACACUCUGCUGCACAACCUGGUGGAGUCCAGACUGACGGAGGCUGCGGAGGACGAGUCGGGUGGAACCGAAGGCUUCUCCUCACCUCUGAAGAGAGAGGUGUGUCACAUGGGGAGACGUGUGAGGGACGACCUGCUGACGGUGGCGAGGACGGUGACGGACUGUUACCCUCCGGAGAUGGACGUCCUGAACGUCUACGCCGGACUCUACCACCAGAGCUUCUCUGCUCGGCUGACGGAACUCGCCGCCUCUGGACCGGAGAUAAGCGACUGCAGCUACCUGCUGCUCUGGGUGAACCACUUCUACCCACAUACAGUUUUAAAACAUGAAGACCUGGACGGGAAGAUGAGGGUGGAGCGUUCGAGUUCUCUGCUGCUGGAGGACGACCUGACCCGGCUGGAGGAGCAGUACCUGACCCACCAAGAGGACAAAGUCAAGUUGUGGCUGAGCAGAGCGUUACAGAAGGAAGAGGAGAGCUGGCUGAGCGGCGCCAACCCUGAGCUCAUCGACAGCUACUGCUACAGUCCACUGGCUGCUGAUGUCAUCCAGAUGACAGACAGGGUCCUGACGGAGUCUGGACACGUGAUCAGAGAGCAGAGCAGAGGUGAGAGGAUCACCGCUCACCUGGAGAGUUUCCUCAGCAGCUACAAGACGAGUGUGGAACAGUUUGUGAAGAUGAACCAGAUGAACCUGCGCUCGGUGAUCAAAGCUCACCUGGUCUGUGAGCAGCAGUUCAGGGAUUACGUCACAGAUCCGACAGGAAACCUGACUGAGCAGCAGAGACAACGCUGUCUGGACACUCUGACUGCACUGAGGGAUUGUGGGUACAGGUACUUUACCUGUCCCAUCCACCUGGAGCUGAAGGUGUGUUACCGUCAUCUGUGGACGUCUGUGUGGAUGGACGGGUCACUUCCUGUCGUCGACUCUCUGCUCAACUCUCUGAUUGGACAGCUGACGGACCUGAAGGACCUGAGAGAAGCCUGCAGACAGUCUCUGCUGUGUGUCGUCCAUCAGGACGUGGUUCUUCAGUAUGUGAUGAGGAUGAUGAAGACCAAGAUGAAGGGCAGAGAGCAGCAGGUGGGCGGAGCUCAACGGAUGAAAGAAGAUGCUCAGAAGAUCAACGACUUCUUCACAGAGGGGGGCUGCAGCGAGUCCUUGUGGUUCUCUGAGGUUCUCUGCAGCAUCGCUGAGGUUCUUCGAUUGCAGGAUCCAGGAAGUGUUCAGCUAGAGCUGGUCAGUCUGGCGAGAGCGUUCCCCGACCUCAGUGACGUUCACGUGUCAGCGCUCCUGUCUUUGAAAACCGGCCUAUCAGCUGCUGACACUCGCUCCAUCCGGCGGAGCGUGAAGGAGAACCGCCUCCUCGAUGUCUCCACCAGUCACAGCCCUCCGUUUUUCUCCAGGGUCAAAGUCAAUUGGAUCAGUACUAAGAUCAAUCAGAUGAGGCUGUAGAAGUGUGUUAGCAUGUUGUUGGCAUGUUGUUAGUUUGCAGAAUCACUCAGUAAACAGUUGUUUUUUUUAUUCUCAUUGUAAUUUGUUCCAGUGUUGCUGAUUUAUAAAGGUAAUAAAAAAUCA